AUCUCUUCCAACGCAUACCUAUCCUCACCGCGCGACUCCACCACCACCAUAACCACCACCACCACCUUCCUCACCGCGCGGCUCCACCACCACCAUCUGAAGGAGAGUUUCCCCACCGUCGUCUUUCCUACCUUCGCGCGACUCCAUCUGUUUCACACAAUCGAUUUGUGAAGCUAGACUACUAAAGAGACUUAAUUACCCAGGAGCGACUGAAUUUGGGGUGGAUUUGUCUCAGGCCAACAUCUCAAUUCAACUUGAUGUUGGGAAGGGAGGAAAUAGUGGCUCAAAUGCUAUAGCACCCGUUGUAGAGGUGUAAACUUGGUGAAUGUCGUAUCCUCUUAUGUGAGCCAGGUUCCAAGCACAGGUUGCAGAAAUUGCAGUUGAAUUUUCCUAGGACCGUAGCUACCAUGGAUGAUCAUCGUGAUAAUGAAAUACAGGGAAUUGAUGGAGCUAGUCAUCCUACGGGGGAAUCACAAGGUACCAACACUAGUAAAAAGACCAAAUUCCGUGGUCCGUCAAAAGGAGUUCAAGCCAAAAAGCCUAUGCAUCUUCAGUAUAAUCAAUAUGGAAUCCCCGAUGGAGAAUGGUCAGGAGAAUACGGGAAGCAAGUUGGGUCUUGUGCUGCUAGAAUUAACAUUAAUGUGAAAGAAUAUUCAACGUUAGAUGAACACACAAAGAAGGGGUUUUGGGAGGAGACCAAGCUUCUGUUCCACAUUAUUGAUGAUCCGGCUAAAAGGAGAGAAAAAUAUUUUCAUAUGUGUGUGGCGAAACGCUUUGGAGCUUUCAAGUCCAGGUUAACGCGGCGUUGGAUAACUAAGAAAGAAAAAAUGCCGAAACAUCAGACAAAUGACAUGCCUUGGGACAUCUACCAUCAAAUCACAGAGGAUGAUUGGAAAACAUUUGUGAUGGAACGAAACAAGCCGGAGAUGUUGGUUCGUAGAGAAAAAGCAAGUAAAAGUGCAUUACAAAACAAGCACCCACAUCGCACAGGCCAAAAGGGUUAUGUUAGAAAGAGACCAGAGUGGAUAAAUGAUGGGCGACUACCGCCAGAGGCAGCUUUAACCCUCUCAAGUGGCUCCUCCUCAGUGACCUCAUCACUCACCACAGCGCCAGAUAGAUUUAAGAAGUUUAGAUCAGUAGAGUGGAUCUUGGCUCAUCAAGUUAAAAACAAAGAGGGAAAGUGGGAAGUUGACCCGAAUGAUAAAGAAGCCGUAAAUAUUGCUAAGAUGGCUGUAAGUGCAUAUGAAAUUUUACGUUCUAUAUCCUUUUCUUUCCUAAUUCCUAGUUCUAUUGCUAAGAUUGCUUCUCCUUUCCAUCAUGUAUACCAUCUAAUUUUUACUUUCCUAAUUCUUAUAGUUGGAGUACAUAAAAGAAGAGGGAAAAGGAAAUAUUUCAUUCACCCAGGGAGAAGAUGCCCUCACCAAGGCUAUGGGAAAAAAGGAUCACCGUGGGCGUGUCAAGGCAACAGGUGGAGUUAA